UCAAUAACCAAAAGCAAAAUUCAUCUACCUUAGUUCUUUACCAUGGAUGUUGGUGGGAUAGCAAAAGUGGUGGCAUUGGUAGCGGCUAUUGUCGUGAUUCUCGACGGAGCAAUGGCAAUGACCUUGUGCAAUGUGACGGUCGGCUUCACUGCAUGCAAGCCGUCUGUCACGCCGCCUAACCCAGUGAUGCCCUCGCCCGAGUGCUGUGAGGCCGUCACUGGGGCUGACUUGCAAUGCUUCUGUUCCUACAAGAACUCAUUCUUACUGCCCUCACUUGGGAUUGAUCCCGAUCUCGCCCUAGCUCUUCCCGCCAAAUGCAAUGUCCCCUCCCCGCCCAACUGCUAACAAAUGUUGGCACACUGAAUUUUCUAAUUAGACAUCAAUGUGUUUGCGUUA